GCAGCCGUCGAGGCAGUCACCUGCUCCCCAAGCUCCUCCCCGCUUCGCACGCCCAGCCAGCCGGACCCGGCAGUGGGGGCAAAGGAGAGGCGAGCAGGCGCCCUCCGGCACGCGAGGGGCGGCUGGCCCGGGUGGCGCGCUCCAGCUGGCAUUCCCCGGGCAGCCGCCGCGCGCCAAGGAGCCCGGGCGCCAUGCAUCCACUGGGCAGGUCCGCGCGCGGGAGUUCUAGCGGGGACCGGGCUGGCCAUUGCGCGCCUCCUCCGCCUGUGCCCCCUCCUCGCUUCCCCUUCGCGCGCUGUGCUUCUGGUCACUGGGACUGAUGAAUGAAUCAUGAGGUGGCUGCUGCUGCUAAUGCGUUUAUCUGGGGCAGCCUGUACCGCAGCCUUCCGCUGGAGCGUGGUGGGGUGAAGCGAGGGAGCAGCCCGCUCGCCUGGUGCGCUCCCAACACCUGCAAGCCGAGCCCGCCGCCUGCCUGCCAGCCAGCCUGCCAGCCGGAGGGGUGGAAAGCCCGCUGCUUAAGAGCCACCGCUCUCCAUGGCUCCCAAAGAGAUGCUUGAGAAAUCAAUUACUGCUUUGGCCUCCAUCCCAUCGGCCACCUCUUCAAGAGGUUAUGUGCAAAUAGUUCCACCAGCCAAGCGCAACAGCACUUUCCAGUGAUCAUUCCUUCAUCUCCACAUGGCCUUUCUACUGGUGUCAUCAUAUCUUCUCCUGACUCAUGCUCAUGGUGCUCCAUCUGAGAAUGGGGCUCUCAUGGAGACACUGAAGGCCCAAGUUAUGUUAUUCAGCAAUACAAGUGAACACUAUUCAGCACAAGUGAGACCUCCUGGAACAAACAGACGAAUACCUCAGACAAUCAUCAUCGGAGUUCGUAAAGGAGGGACCAGGGCAUUACUUGAAAUGUUGGAUGUUCACCCAAAUAUCGUGGUAGCAGCUACUGAAGUUCACUUUUUUGACUGGGAUGAGAAUUAUGUGAAAGGAAUAGACUGGUAUAGGAGCCUGAUGCCCUUUUCAUAUGAAAAUCAAAUAACCAUUGAGAAAACGCCAGGCUAUUUUACUUCGCCACAGGCUCCCAAAAGGAUUCAUGAUAUGAAUAGCUCUAUUAAGCUGCUGCUUAUUCUGAGAGACCCCACAGAGAGAGUUAUCUCUGAUUAUACCCAAGUCUAUUACAAUAGACUAGAAAGCCACAAGCCUGUGCAGCUCUUUGAAGACAUUGUUAUAAAAAAUGGAGCACUUAAUACCAAAUACAAGGCUAUCCAGAGAAGCCUGUAUGACUUUCAUAUGGAGAAGUGGCUUAAACAUUUCAAUUUGGAUCAGAUUCACAUAGUGGAUGGCAAUACUUUAAUCAAGGACCCUCUCCCUGAAUUACAAAAAGUGGAAAGAUUUCUUAAUCUGCCUUCCAGAAUUAUGUCUUCAAAUUUUUAUUUUAACCAGACCAAGGGGUUCUACUGCAUUCGGAGUGAUGGAAGAGAGCGAUGUUUACAUGAAUCAAAGGGACGCCCCCAUCCUGUUGUGAACAGUACUGUUUUAGAACAACUUUACUCCUAUUUCAGAGAGCACAAUGCAAAUUUUUACAAAAUGGUUAAUCAUUCUUUUGACUGGCAUUAGUAAUGUUUUGGAAGAAAGGAUUUUUUUAAAAAAAAGUCCUGUUGUGAACUAUUUUCAGGCACUUCCUGACAAACUCUGGGUUGUAUUCAUCUUGACAUGAAGAUCAGAGUUUACUUUUCUGUGGUGUUACACUAGGAGUCCACUGUGUUAAUGGAAAGUACUCAUUAAUGUAAGGGUACUAGCAGUGGCUUUUAACUACUGUAAUGGACUUGAUUACAUCAGUGCAAGUCCAUCAACUUCAAUGGAGUUGUUUCAGAUUUACACUUGUAUAGCCGAGCUGACUCUUUCUGUUCAAAUUUAUGAACAAAUGGAGUUUCACGGAAAACCAUUACUCUAACUGAUGUUUUAACAAAAAAUGUAACUGAAAUGGUGGUAUUCCACUCCCCGGGUUCUGUUGGUUUCUUUUUAUUUUUCUAUCCAACUCAACAAUGAGAUUGCUCUUUAGAAAUUUCAUAUAGUAAAAUAAUUAUAUAUUAGAAGAAAAAAGAGGUAUUGAAGUGGUUCUAUUAAAUAAUUUUAAAUCUUUUUGUGGAACAAUGCUUGUAAAGUCUUAUCACACCUCAAAGAAUUUCAGGUCUGAUUACAAUUUGACGUUCACUUUCUGUUAAAACUCCCUCUACAUAGGUUCUUUGUAGUAAGUGACACACACGUAUUACUCAAAUGGGCAUAAAAACACUUAACCCAUCUGAACAAAUAUUAAGCCUGUCAUAUCCCAGUUCAAACAUAUGAGGGCUCUAAAAAUACUCCCCUUUUGUGCAGCAGACAUCACGAAUUACACAAGUGUCCAUUUAAUCACUUAAUCCACGAGCUGCUUAUUUAAGAAAUACCCUUUGUCAAUACGCAAUUCUUAGUCUUGUUUGUAUUUUGUAACCAGUUGUUCCAUUGUUUAUAUAAUUAAUUUGACAAAAGGUUUACUGUGAAGAAAGAAAAAAGGAAACUUUAAUUGCCUGUCUCCAAAGCGCGGAGUAACUUUUGUAAUAACUAUUUGCAGAUCAUACAAUGUACUCAGAGUGCAAAGUCAUGUGGAAUUGUAUACUAUACACACAAUAUUCAAAAUAUCACAUAUAGAUUUCUGAUUUAUAUAUAAAACUGUAAAUCUAAAUGGAUGCAUUAGGUUUUGUUUAUUUAUAAUAUAUUUUUACUGGACGAUGUAAUGGUGGUCUUUCUUCUCAAAACAUUUUAGCUUUCCUAAGGAUAACUUUAAAUUAAUUGUCCCUCCCAAUCAAUGUGAAAGGACUUCUUUUACACAUAUGUGGAGUGGAUUUUAUAUAAAUGAAUGAUAUUAACAGAACAUGUACUUACUGGAGACUUUAUCUUGUCCAAAUUGCAAUUCAGACCAGGUAGUUUUCUCAAGGAUGAACCAAACAGGGAAGCUAUAUAGAUAUUAAUUAUUUGAAACUACAAACAGUGACUUGGACAUGAAUAAUAAAACUUUUAUGUACUUUU